AUGAACGAAGAACUCGACAUCGAGAAGGCUUCUGUGAUCACUCGCAUUCAUGUCGAGGCUAGGGGCGUUACUGAGCACGAUGCUUCAAGGCAGCCGGCGAACUUAGCUCAUGGACAUGCGAAGGUCGCUCCCAGGGUCAAGCUUCCUGGCGAGUUCAGAACUUUGAGUAUUCAUGUCACGAACACUCAAGAAGGCAAACAUGAUAUCCCAAGCAAGAAGGAUAUCACCGAUAUCUCUGAGCUGGAAUGGCAUACCCUUUCCAAAGAAGAGCUCUGCAUCCGUUGCGGAGUCUCCGAUAAAGUUGGCCUUGAUGUAACAAUGGCUGCGCGGCGGCUCGCAAGCAAUGGUCGGAAUGUCAUCAGCCCCCCACCUCGUAAUUAUAUCAAGAUGAUACUCGGUUAUAUAUUUGGAGGUUUUGGUUCUCUUCUGUUCGUUGCGAGCAUCAUUUGCUUUAUUUCCUGGCGUCCAUUGGGUGAUCCACUUCCUUCGGCGGCCAACUUAGCAUUGGCCGUGGUGCUCCUGAUCGUUAUCGCCAUACAAGCGGCUUUUAAUGCCUGGCAAGGAUGGUCCACGAGCCGCGUCAUGACCUCGAUAACAGGGAUGCUUCCUAGCGAUGUCUUGGUUACUCGUGACGGCCAGCCCUUCAAAAUCCUUGCGGCAGAGCUUGUAUUUGGUGAUAUCGUUCACAUUGCGCUGGGUAACAAAGUCCCGGCGGACCUUAGACUUAUAGAGACUUCUUCUGACUUGAAGUUCGAUCGCUCGGCACUCACCGGUGAAAGCAACGCAAUACCCGCGUCCGUAGAGGCCACCGACCCAAAUUUUAUGGAGACCCGUAAUAUGGCACUGCAGGGCACGUUGUGCGUCAGCGGAAGUGGCAAGGGUGUCUGUGUAGGGCUCGGCGAUCUCACCGUCUUCGGAAGGAUCGCAAAGCAAGCUGCUUCGGAACGCGCCGUCAGAACCUCGCUCGAGGUGGAAAUCUAUCGUUUCGUCCUCAUCAUAUCCGGCAUGGCUCUCACAGUGGCAGUCUUCAUCGUCAUUCUUUGGGCAGCCUGGCUGCGUCGUGACCACCCCGACUUCAUUCCGGUACCUGUUCUCUUGAUUGAAUGUGUGUCGGUCGUCGUUGCAACCGUAUCAGAGGAUUUGCCCAUAUGUGUGACGCUGUCCUUGACCGUGAUCGCCCGAGCUAUGCGGAAAGCCAAUAUUCUUUGCAAGUCUCUGUCGACAGUGGAAAGUCUCGGUGCCGUCAACGUUAUCGCUUCCGACAAGACGGGUACUUUGACACAGAACAAGAUGUCUGUCUCCGAUGCUGUCACAGUCAGUGGGAAGUAUUCCGCAGUGGACGUAUACAAUAUUAUACGUCAGGAGAAACCAGAUAUGCAUGCCCUCGACACGAUGGGUACAAUAGCUGCUUUGUGUAAUGAUGCAGUCUUCGACGCUGGUUAUGUCGAAGGGAAGGUCCCGCCGGAAGACAGGAAGGUUAACGGAGAUGCCACAGAUGCUGGGCUUCUAAAGUUCGCAGAUGAUCUAUCGCCCGUCGACGAAGUGAGGGAUAGGUGGAAAGAAGUAGCGAAGGUGGCAUUCAAUUCAAAGAACAAAUUUGCCAUCAAGUUGUUCAGACUUCGCAGUACUAGUAACCUUUCAGCCGUCCCAGCGGACCAAUAUCAGGCAUCCGACCACCUUCUUCUUGUAAAAGGGGCGCCUGACAUUUUAUCCCGUCGAUGCUCUAAGUACCUAGAUGCAGAGGGUAGCACAAAGGAACUCUAUCCUGAAACGUUGGCCGUCCUAUUAGCUGCACGCAACGAGUUAGCGGGAAGCGGGAAACGGGUGUUACUGUUGGCGCAGAAAGUUGUUUCCUCCAACCAUAUUGACGACAACAUGCUCGCAGAUACUAGUCAGGCGGAAGAGUAUCUGAUGACUCUCAACAACGACCUCGUCAUUGUUGGCCUCCUCGCUCUUGUUGAUCCGCCUCGCCCUGAUACAGCCGAAACAGUGCGUCUGAGCCGUCGUGCUGGAAUUCGCUUCGCUAUGGUCACUGGUGAUUUCCCUUUGACUGCAAUAGCAAUAGCCAGGCAGGUCGGUAUUAUCACUACCCGCGCCGAUGAUACCAAGGGAAUCCAAGACCUUUAUGCGAAUGGCGAGUCGACGUUGGAGAAGGAUGGGUCUCGGAGCACUAUUACCGCCCCAACGAAUGACGCCGGGUUCACUAGUUUAGUGUUAAGUGGAUCGGACAUGAUGAUGAUGAACGACCAGCAAUGGGAAUUAGCUCUUCAGUUUGACGAGCUGGUCUUUGCCAGGACAACACCUCAACAGAAGUUGCAAAUUGUUCGCGCCUUCCAAAAGCAAGGCUGUACUGUAGCUGUGACCGGAGAUGGAGUCAAUGAUGCGCCAGCCCUCAAACAGGCCGACGUCGGCGUUGCGGUUGCAGGUGCUUCAGAAGGAGCCGCUGAUUUGAUCCUCUUAUCCAACUUCUCCGCAAUAAUCACUGGUAUCGAAUAUGGACGUCUGUGCUUCGAAAACCUGCGCAAAUCUAUCUUGUACCUUCUCCCGGCCGGUAGCUUCUCCGAACUUAUGCCUGUGCUCCUCAGCGUCAUUUUCGGCCUACCUCAGGCUUUGAGCAGCAUCCAGAUGAUUCUCGUUUGUGUGGCCACCGAUGUCCUUCCCGCCUUAUCUUUGGUCUACGAGAAACCCGAAGCGGACCUACUCACAAGAAACCCUCGGGAUCGCCAGAAGGAUCGCCUCGCUGAUUGGAAACUCAUUUUUCACGCCUACUUCAUUGGGAUAUUCGAGAGCUUGACCGCCAUGAUCGCCGCAUUCUACUUUGGAUUCCAGAAGAACGGUGUCCCAUUCUCUGCCUUGUGGCUCAAGUAUGGAAACUACGACGGGGACCCAGACCUCAUACUCGAGUUGACUAACAGGGCUCAGUCAAUAUAUUUCUUCAACCUUGUCCUGAUGCAGUGGUUUAAUCUCCUUGCCACUCGGACCCGACGUCUCUCCCUUUUCCAACAGAACCCACUCGGGGGGCCAAAGACGAGGAACUAUUUUAUAUUUCCUGCUAUGUUGGCAGCCCUUGGCCUUGCUUGCUUCUUCUCAUAUGUGCCCUGGUUCCAGAAGAUUUUCCUGACCCGUGGUAUCAGGGCCGAAUAUUUCUUCCUUCCAAUGGCAUAUGGUGUUGGGGUCCUAUUCAUUGAUGAAAGCCGAAAGUGGGUGAAUAGGCAGUACCCCCGUGGCUUUCUAGCUCGCAUUGCGUGGUAA